CUUUAUUCUCUCAUGUUUUCAGCUCGUCUGCCUGUUCCUGUCAUCAGCAGUAACUCUUCACAAUGUUCUUCAUCAUCAUCAUCAUCAUGUUCAUUGGUGUGUUCAGUGGUGAAUGUGAGUCAUGUGACUCUCUCCUGGUACAAAGGAAACAGUUCAUUGUCCAGCAUCAGUGCGUCUGAUCUCAGCAUCAGUCUCUCUCUACCUCUGGAGGUGGAAUAUCAGGAUAAAAACACCUACAGCUGUGUGCUGAACAAUCCCAUCAGCCACCAGACUCAACAUCUGAACAUCACUCAACUCUGUCACACAUGUUCAGUCCACUGUUGUGGUCCUACUGAAGCUGUGAUCCGAUUGGUCCUCUCUGCUCUGGUGGGCGUGGCUACUGUCAUUCUUGUGCUUUAUCACAUCAGAUCCAGAAGAGCUGAAGGAGAUCAAGCACAUAUUCACACAUCAGGAAGUGCUUAAAUCUGAAGCUGAACGCUGAACUUUAAAGAUUCUUCAAGUGUGUUUUUGUCAUAAUAAAUACUGAUGAUUAUUUGAGCUUCUCUUUCAGUGUCAGAUUUGUAAAACUCUUAUUUGUAAGGCUUUAUUGUUUAUAUUUCUCUCAGAGACACACAGAUCUCACUUUACUACUACUGCUGUAUAUUUG